AUGUCUACAGCACCACCAUUGACUGACACUUCCCUGAUUGGGAAUUUAGGAGGAAAGCAAAAUGCUCCAUGUCAGAGCCGGCUGACAGCGAACUACCAAGGCUCACGACAUCGUAAGCGGCGGCGAUUAAGCAGCAGUCUCGCUCAUGUUGACGAAGAACAGCAUGUCGAGGCGGAGGACGACGCUCCCUCCGUGAGACCGGAAGUCUGCUCAAGAUCACUGCCCGCUGUUGAGCCACAACUCCUUGACUUCCUUUCUACGGGGCUUACAGACCACGAUGACUUGGCCAGUCUUCACUCGGAUUCUUCGUACAUUUCCGAUACGCGCUUCGUUCGCGCCAUCAGCUUGUCCUCCCUUGUCCAUCCAUCUCACGACGUAAACUUGACGCCCCCUUCGAGUGUCCCCUCGCCGAACCGUCGUGGCUUCUUCUUGCAACUUGCCGGCGCUCAAAACACAUUGCAGCAGGUAUGCGAUUCGCUAGACUUGUCAAUCGCAUCGCUGCAAACAUUGACCGACGCAUAUUUCGACAACAUGACUGCAUUCUCACUCUUCCAUCAACCUUCAUUCGGAGACAAGGUCCAGGGAAUCAAGAAUGCACUUCACCUCAAGGCGCUAUUGGCAUCAAUGUUCUCCUUCUCAGCUCGUUUCGCCACAGCUCCCGAUGCAGAGUCUCCGCCAACAAUGGAAGCCUACAGCGGCCCAAGCCAUGAGCAACUACACAAAUCGGCAAUGGGUUUCGUCAACGAGGCAAUCGAAGAAUACGACGACAAGCCCCCGCCACUUUGCAUCCUCCAGGCUCUCAUAUUAUGCACCUUCUAUGAGCUCACAAGAGGCGUCCGCGGUCGCGCAUGGCGAAUGCUGGGCAACUGCGUCAGAAUCGCCUACGAGCAACGACUUCAUCUUGUUGACAGCAUCACGCAAGCCAGACCUCAGCCAGGAACGUCUGGCGUCGCUCAAUGGUCAGCGAUGGAGGAGAGGCGCCGCAGCUGGUGGGCCAUCUGGCAGAUGGACAUAUUCGCCUCGACGGUGCACAGGUUGCCCACCGCGAUUGACCAGAGCGUAGGCAUGAACGAGAAUCACCUCCCGGUGCCAGACGUGAUGUGGUUUCAAAACAUGUACCAACCGAGCUGUCCGCUUGAUCCUGCUCCAUUGGAGCGGGCGAAGAAGCUGAGCAAGUCUGGGAACACCAGCGAUGUCGCGUGGUUCAUCGUUCUCAAUUCUAUCAUGCGUAACGCUCAGGUUCUGGCUCGCGGCAAUCUUCACAGUGUGCUUUCGGACCUCAGUCCCGCACCGGGAGCCGAUUCUCGGCCUCUCAAGCAGUAUCUCCACGGAUCAUUCCGCAAAAGGCAGUCGGCAGAAGAUGGGCAACAGCUACCCGUUCUCAUCGGAGCUCUCAAGCAGACUGUCGCGCUACUACCAAGAUCACUCACAUACCAAGGGGCUCAACUAGACUUCAAGUCCACGGGUACUUCGUCGAGCAGCGAUUGCCCUCAGCUGCCAUCCGAGAGACGUUCGAAUGCUUCACAGCACGCAAUCUACCUCAUGAUCCAGCUAGCACGAUUCAUGAUCUACCACCAUUUCGCAUUCAACGAGAUCUUACUAGGCACAAUUUUCUCAGAAACAGACAGUCCUCCUUCAUUUGGGUGGACAUCGUCAUCCAAGGAUGAAAAGGAGAGGCUGUCCAACUCAGAAGGCCUCCGGAACUGCCUCGAGGCAUCAGACGACAUCCAUUCCAUCGUCAGCCGCUCUUCAGAAACACACAUACAAUGGACGAACCCAUUCUUGGCGAGCACGGUAUGGCUCGCCGCCUCAUUACAGGUCCUCCGCAAAGUGUUUGCACCGUCGACGUGUAACGAGGCAUCGGAGAUGAAGAUCAAGGAGCUCCGUGCAGUAUGUCAGAAAUAUACCGACUUUUGGGGAACGCCUGAAAGUCUCUUACAGAAUCUUGAUUCGUUGGAGGAACGGCUAGCACAGAAAAAGGCAGAGAUUGCGGCGAUUGAAGCGACUCACAUGCUAGGCUGCGCAUCAUAUCAACACGCUGGACAUCAUACCUCCGCCUUCAACGGAACGACUUCAUUGCAGAACUUUGGUCUCAUGAUGGGGCCUGAGCUGGACCAGAACUCUUUAUUCACAUCCGUAGGGCCGGGACACCAAGGCCAAGACGUGCCCACACCAAUGUCGCCGCGUAACGCUUCAACCGCCCAGGCCAACUGGUUUGUUGACGGGCAGCAAGAUGGCGCGGAGGUUACUACAGAUGGAUUAGGGAUUCCCGGUCUCAAUGCUUCGGAUGAGUUUGCCGGGUUUCCGGAGGGUGACCCGGAGCUGAGCUUCUUCAUGUCUACCUUAUUGUAA